UGGUCUCUUCCGGCUCCGGACUCCGCGCGGCUCCAUGUCCGGGUUUUGUGCGCAGCCUCUGUGCGCAGCCGUUUGAUCCACUCCGGCGAUUUCUUCCCGCUCAAAGCCGAUCUUGCUGCAGGGAGGAGCGAGCGGAGUGCAGUUGAGCUGAGCCGAGCAUCACAGCCCCGCAUUCAAGGAAACGGGCAAACACAGCACUUUUUUCCCCCACUUUCCAUAAUGUUCUAGCCUCCGUACUGGACGAGUCUCCGCCGAGAAGAAAUAAAUACCUUCCACGUGGAUUCCUAUGGACGCAGCUGGCCUCUGAGCAGCUGGGAAUCUGAGCCCAGUCAAGGAAAGACCCCCUCAAUUGUUUCCUGCGCCAAGAACUGUAAAGACAUGGUCAUCACAGCGCAUCUGUGAUGAGAAGCGAGCAGUGAGCGUGAGGAAGUGUCAGAGGAUGCUCCUGAUCUGUGGGGCCCAGUGCUGAGGGAGGUCCACAGAGCCAACUGGUGCCCACCAUGUCUCACCACCACCACCAACACUACCAGCGAGGCCCCCACGGCCGCACCAUGAGCUCUGAGGACAGGAGCUCCAUGCCAGUGAACAAGACCUCCACGCCGGUUCACAAGAGCGCCUCCUCCUCGUCCUCUUCCCAGCGCGACAGCCGGCAGGAGGCGGACAGCUGGGAAAUAAUUGAGGGGCUGAAAAUCGGUCAGAGCAACGUCCAGAGGCCCGACAAGCACGAGGGUUUUAUGCUGAAGAAGAGGAAAUGGCCCCUGAAAGGCUGGCACAAGCGCUUUUUUGUUCUGGACAACGGUAUCCUGAAGUACUCCAAGUCCCCCAUUGAUAUCCAAAAAGGAAAACUUCACGGCAGCAUCGACGUCGGCCUCUCCGUCAUGUCCAUCAAAAAGAGGGCCCGUCGCAUCGACCUGGACACUGAGGAGCACAUCUAUCACCUGAAGGUCAAAUCUCAAGACAUCUUUGACGCCUGGGUGUCAAAGCUGCGUCAUCACCGGCUUUAUCGACAGAACGAGAUUGUGCGAUCCCCCCGGGAGGCCACCAUGAGGACGUUUCCUCCCUCGGCUGCCAUGGAGUCCCCCCAACCCGCCCCGAGUGUGGUCAGUGAAGUCAAGCAGGCCAAGCCGAGCAGCCUGCCGUGGCAGCCGGCGGCCCCCAGCAGCAGCAGCAACAGCAGCCUUCCUGCCUCCUACAGCAACGGACAGAGCAAGGUGGUCGCUUGGCUGCAGGAAUCAGAGGAGAUGGACAAGUGCGCCGAGGAGCUCGCACGCUGCCAGUCCAACUUGACCGAGCUUAGCCGGUUAUUGCAGAGUCUGGAGAUUCUACAAAGGACACAGUCAGCGCCCAAUUUCACAGAUAUGCAGACCAAUUGUUCAGAAUUGUCAAAGAAAGAAAAGCGCUUGAACAGAAGAUGGAGAACAAAAAGUGUCGGCAAAGACGCAAAAUUCCAGCUUCAGGUCCCUCUGUCUGCCAGCAUGUCCCCUGUCCGCCUCCACUCAUCCAACCCCAACCUGUGUGCAGAGCUGGUGGACUUUCAACCCCCCGCCUCCCGCCUGACAGACAGCGUAGAGUGUGCCAGCGACUACAUUAAACUUCAGGAGGAAUUCUGCACCAUUGCCCAGAAAGUGCACUCGCUGCUGAAGUCGGCCUUCAACACUGUGGCCAUAGAGAAAGAAAAGAUCAAACAGAUCCUGUCUGACCAGGAACAGUCGGACCAGUCAGCCCAGAUCAACUCUCUCAGGAAGUCUCUGUCGCAGGCCCUGUCCCAAAAUGCAGAACUUCGAACUCGACUCAACCGCAUCCACUCUGAGUCUGUCCUGACGGAACAAGUUGUCAGCGUGAACAUCAUCUCCACGCCUGAUGAGGCCGUGGAACAGAUGGGGAUCCCUCUGACUCAGCAGGCCUCUAAUGAGAGCCGACUCUCCAUGUCAGAGUCUGUCUCGGAGUUCUUUGAUGCCCAGGAAGUGCUUCUGUCAGCCAGCUCGUCAGAGAAUGAGGGCUCAGACGAUGAGUCAUACGUGAGCGAUGUGAGCGAUAACAUUUCCGAGGACAACGCCAGUGUGACUGAUAACGUCUCCAGACAAAUGGCCAACGGAGACUUUGCUGGCUGCGCCUUCCGUAACGGGCGACGCAUCUGCCUGGCGGCGCCCUGUCCGGACACCAGCAACAUCAACCUCUGGAACAUCUUGAGGAACAACAUCGGCAAGGACCUGUCCAAAGUGUCCAUGCCAGUGGAGCUCAACGAGCCCCUCAACACCCUGCAGCGUAUGUGCGAAGAGCUGGAGUACAGCGAGCUGCUGGACAAAGCUGCUGAGACCGAGGAUCCUUUUGAGCGCAUGGUUCUCGUCGCCGCUUUUGCUGUCUCAGGCUACUCAUCCACUUACUACAGAGCAGGAAGCAAGCCAUUCAACCCGCUGCUCGGAGAGACUUACGAAUGUAUCCGGGAAGACAAGGGCUUCUGUUUUUUCUCAGAGCAGGUGAGCCACCAUCCUCCCAUCUCCGCCUGCCACUGUGAGUCUAAGAACUUCACCUUCUGGCAAGAUGUGAGAUGGAAAAACAAGUUUUGGGGGAAAUCAAUGGAGAUUUUACCAAUUGGAACCGUAAAUCUUAUGAUUCCCAGGUUUGGAGAUCACUAUGAAUGGAACAAAGUCACCACCUGCGUACACAACAUCCUCAGCGGCCGACGGUGGAUCGAACACUACGGGGAGAUCACCAUCAGAAACACCAAGAGCAGCGCUUGCCUCUGCAAACUCACUUUCGUCAAGGGAAACUACUGGAGUUCGAAUGUUAAUGAGGUUCAAGGAUUUGUGAUGGACCAAGAAGGGAAAGUGAUCCACAGGCUUUUUGGAAAAUGGCACGAGGGCCUUUACUGUGGCGUCCCACCUUCUGCCAAAUGCGUCUGGAGGCCAGGCUCCAUGCCCACAGACUAUGAGCUCUACUACGGCUUCACCAGAUUCGCCAUUGAACUGAACGAGCUUUGCCCCGAGUUGAAAGACGUCUUGCCGCGUACAGAUGCCCGAUUCAGACCAGAUCAAAGGCAUCUGGAAGAAGGGAACUUGGAGAUGGCGUCCUCGGAGAAGCAGCGCAUCGAGGACAUGCAGAGGGCCAGGAGGAAGUGGAACGAGGAGAACAACAUCAAACAGGAGCCGCGUUUCUUCAAGUAAGGACUCAGACAAGCAGCCAGGUGUAUUGAAACUCAUACAACCUGUUUUUUUUAUACCCUUGCUGACAUGAUGUCUCACGAGCAUAUCUCAGGAAUGUCUUGAGGGUUUUCUUAUUUUUUUCAAAUUUUACAUAAACUUUCACUUGAGCUGAAGAAUUAACUGAUUAGAAUUUGGUGGUCAAAGAUCAGAGUGACUUCAUUUCCUUCACUGCAUACAUUAUGAGUGUGUACAGAUACAGAUAGAACUUCACCAGUUAGCGGAGGCAUUCUAUUUCUCUGUUAGUCUCCCAACUAUUUACUAAGCAAAAAGUUAACAUCCUGAUUGGUUCAGACAGUCCACUAGACAUCUCUGAAAAGUGGGAACACAUGCAUACAUUUUUGAGGUGGACACGUCGUGGCCAGACAGAACUAGAUUCCCAACUUGAUCAGAAUCAU